UGAAGAACAACUUUGAGAAUGAUCCAGACCUGCUGAGAUAUAUCGGCAAAAUGAUAGCCGGAUUGCUCAAGGGCCAGAUUGGGAAUUGCUAUUCAGACACGAAAUUUACAGUGAUUAGGCCAACCAAAUUGUCGAAGGGUGACGGAGACGAGCUGGAACAAUCGACGAAGGGAAGGGCCGACUUUGAAAAUCCGGAACAGGAUCUAUUUAUUUGGGCCGUCCUCUCUAACCGCAGGGAAAUGGCAUAUCUGUUUUGGCAGCUUGGGAAGAAUCCGUUAAGUUCAAGCCUCAUUGCGUCUGCUUUGCUCAAGGCUCUGUCCAAAGUUGCAGAUACGAAGGAGGAACUGGAACUUAGAGCUGAUCUUACAGAUCAUGCUGCCCUUUUUGAAGAGCGGGGCAUAAAGGUGCUGUCUGAGUGUUACCGUAGAAACAAGACGAUGUCUCACCAGCUGCUGGUCCGAGAACUGCCCUCGUGGGGAUGUCUGACCCUGUUCAGUAUUGCUAAUGCCCACAACAUGAUGGACUUCAUGGAACACGCAUCCUGUCAGACGAAACUCAGCUUGAUCUGGAAGGGAAAGAUGGCACUGUGCACCACAAGAUUCAACAUUGUCCUCUGCAUUUUCUUUCCAAUUUUCAUUCUAUUCAUCAAAUUCACCAGCAAAUGCCCGUCCAAAGGUGCCAUGGGAAGGUCAACAGGGGCCAGUAACAAGGUGGGACCCAACGGUGUUGAUAAGGAGUUUGCUUCAUCAGGUUCUGCCAGACGCAAAACAUUAUCGAAGACGAAACUGUUCGACUGUAUCCACAACACAAUCAAUAGCUGGUCGUACGUCUUGUAUUUCUACUCUGCACCAAUAACCAAGUUCAUUGUCAAUAUGGUUUUCUACUUUGUGUUCCUGGCCAUCUUCAGUUACUUUGUGUUGGUUGACCUGCGACCUGUGGAGGAACCCAAUUCUCCGUCAUUCUGGGAGUACAUCACCUGGAUCUGGGUGGCCACCAUGGUGAUUGAAGAACUUAGACAGUUAAAAACCCAGUACAAGAUAAGUAACUGGUUCUCCAACAUGUGGAACCGGUAUGACCUGAGCAUGUACAGCAUGCUGAUCAUAUGCAUCAUCCUGCGCUGCAGCCUGAACACCACCACCUUCAUCUGGUGUCGCAGGAUGUACAGCCUCACCCUCAUCGUGUUCUACAUGCGCGCCAUGCAGUUCUUCUUGGCAGAGAAGAACAUGGGACCCAAAGUGAUCAUGAUAAAAAAGAUGCUCACUGAUCUGUGGUCUUUCUUCUUCAUCCUGCUGUUGUUUGUUCUGAGUUUUGGCGUCGCGUACCACGUGAAUAUAUUUCCCAACUCACCCGUGUCGUGGGGCAUUCUCAAGAACGUUCUAUUGAUGCCCUACCUGCAGAUAUACGGAGAGCUCUUCUUGGAAAAGAUUGAAGGAGAAGACAGUCCCAGCUGUACCCGCAAUCAGACGAUCUGGCAGGAGGUUCCCGACAUGCGCUGCCCCGAGGAGAACGACCUCAGCACAGUCCUGCUGGCCGUGUACAUGCUGCUUACCAACAUCCUGCUCGUCAACCUUCUCAUCGCCAUGUUCAGUUGUACAUUCAACACAGUUCAAGAAAACUCAAUGAAAGUUUGGCAUUUUUAUCGCUUUUCUCUCGUUCAUGAAUAUUACGACCGCCCAACACUUGUGCCUCCAAUAAUCAUCAUCAACCACAUGCUCCGUAUCUUGCGUUUGCUCAUAUUCAAAACAUGUAAAACAUGCAAAAAGGCAAAUGCUUUCAAGGAAGUGCACAUCGAGAGAGACAAUGACCGUUUGAAUUCGUUUGAGAAUAAUAUGGCUGCAAAAUGCUACCUGGCUAAAAGCUCGGCUUCAGGUGAAACUGCAGUUUUGCGUCAGAGUGUGGAUGAUUUGUCCGAGCAGUCUAGCCAGCAGACUCUCAGUCAGAUAAUGCAUAUAUUGGAGAUACUGGUGAAACAGAAGGAGGGUGUACACACAAGCCCUGAACAACAUCACAUUGACGAAGCAACCAAAGAUGACUAUGAUGUAUAAAAAUGAAACACAGACAAAGUUAAAACAGAUAGACCUGCUCAAGUGACUGUGUCAGAUAUUCAACUGUUGACCGAUUUCUAUUCAUUUUUAUUUUUACAUAUAUAUUGUGUUGGACUAAACAUACAGUAAUCAGAUUAUUUUAUACAUUUUUAUAAUCUAAUUUUUUAAAGUUAUCAAAAUUUAAUUCUAAAUCAGUUGAUAAAAAAAAAUCAAGAACAGACUUGUUCAGUAGAUUGUUUCAGAGAUUUUAAUCUCUUUUGAGUGACUCCUAUUUAUUCUUUUCUCCUUUUUUUUUCCAUAUAUUCAUUUGACUAAAAAUAGAGUAGUCAGAUUUUUUUUAAAUAAUAAUUUUAUAAUCUACUUUUUUUUUACAAAGGAAUUAACAUUUAACAAAAUGUUUUUUUAAAAUGUGCUAAGAUAAUUGUUUCACAAAUUUUGCUUUAAUUUUACUCUCGAUUUCCUGGCUUUCCUGAAGUAGUGGAACUAUUUUUCGAAAUUAUAUAAUGUAUUUUAUAAUUUAACACCAUAAGUCGUAUUAUAUGAUGGCAGACUAGCUGACUAUUUGUUUGUGCAGACUGUCAUAAUUCAACUGCAGGAAAUACAAAGUAAGUCUUUGUCAAAACGAUGUGAUGCGAUGCGAUAAGGUAUUUACGUGCUCAUAUACCACUGGAGUUUUGAGCACACCUGUAACGGGCUUAAUUUCUGACAACGCUAGUGGGCCAGGAAGGGGGGGGGGGGGUGGGGGUAAGUUUGACGUGGGCGUAAUUUGGAAAAUAUAUUUAGUGGUCGGUCAAAGACCUAAGUCCUAAAAUAAACCUGCUUCAUUCCACUCAUGUCUGGACUAAGAAAUUAAAUUC